AUGGACAAGGUUCUUCAAGAAAUCAAGACAUCUAUGCAUCAAAAAGGUGCGCUGCGGGAGUGGGAGGAGAAGGUGAAGAAACACACUAGCACAUUUACAACCACUUUAGAUCACUUAAAAGAUAACAACUUCGACUAUAUUAAUAAAUCACUUAAGAAGCUUAAUGAUGUAUAUGGCGAUUCACUUCGUAAUGUACCUGCACUGUUGCAGACGUGCUUCAAUGAAGCCAAAAAUUUGCAUGACGUCUUCAAGUUGGCAAAAACGUAUUAUAUGGAUCUAGAUCCAACAUUAAAAGAUAAGUUGAAAGAUUCAUUUGAUUAUAUAAAUUUGCAGGUCAAGGAGUUCGCGGCUGCGGCACAGAACACUGAGCUGAAGGCGUUGCUAGUGUUUAGCGAAGAGCGGGCAAAAUUGCUAGAGAAAACGGUGAAUGAUAAAGUGAAGUACCGCACAAACCAGUUGGGAUCGGACAUAAAUGAUGCCUUCGAAAGGCAGAUUGGGAAGCCAAUUGAUGAUGUGAAUGAGAAGUUGACUGCAGUUCAUGCUGAUUUGGGUAAGUGGAUUGUGGCGGCGGAGAAGUUUAUUCAAAUGAUUCAUAAUCAGGUUGAUGAUAUUAUUAAUGAAGUCAUGUCCAGUGCAGCAAAUCCUUGUGGAAUUAGCACAGCAGCCGGUAAGUUAAAGGAGGAUGCUGUUAAAUUGUACACUGAAAUGCAGGAGGCUCACGGGUAUAUUGCUGAAAGGGUGCAGAGUGCUUUAGGUGUAGUGGAUGCAGCACUUAAAACGGCGGUAAUGAGUGAUUUGAAGCAACUAAGGGAUAAAAUAAAACAGACUGUUGGAGAGCAUAUUAGUCGGUUGGGACUGAGCAUUACGAGUAACCUCAAAGAUCUUACUGAUACGAUUGCGCAUCAGCAGAAUAAGUCUGGAACACUGUAUGAUAUUCAAAAUGCCCUGCAGGGGUACGCGUCGAGUUUUGAAAAUAAACUCAAGGAUGCGAUUGAGACAAUGGUAACUAGCAUGGUGAAUGAGAAAGGCGGGGCUGUAGAUACGUAUGUUGGGAAGUAUGUCAUUGACAAAGGAAAUUCCAGUCUAUUGAAUGGAAAAGAGAACGAUAUUAAAGCAGCCAUUUUGCACUACCUCCCAGAUAUUAUUAAGCAACUAGUUGAGGAGAGUGCCGGAAAGGCUGGCCUUUCAUCCACUGCCGAGUUUAGCCAGAUUGGUAGUAGCUUGCAAGAUUUUGCCAAACGCUUUGGGAAGCAAAUUAAAAGUGAACUUAGUGGGAAGACCAAGCUUGAAGAGAUUGCCGAGCAGAUCGCAGGUAUGGUCGCAACCUCCGGGUCUACCAAAAACGAUUAUCUUCAAACGGCCCUUGAAAUUAUUAUAUUUGGGGUGUCGACGGCUGCAAAAGGAUUAUCAGAGGAAAUAAAGAAUUUCUUGGAAGCGUCCAAGAUAAGUAACCUGGCACAGGCUAUAGAGAGUGUUAAAACACUUGGAGAAAAGCUUGAGAACGCCGUUACUAGAGCUGUUGUUCCCAGUACUGGCGCAUUUAAAGAAAGACUUAAGGCGCAGGCUGAGGGACUUAUUGGGACUGAAUAUGGUAAUGGCAGUGGAGAUUUUAAAAACGGCAAUGGAUUUACGCCGACUUACGACACUGCGAAACUUCAGGUCACUCAGCCUUUAGAUUUAAUACAGAAUAACGGAAGUGGUCUGAAGAAAAUCAAGACUGUUAUGGCCGACGAGAAGGGUAGUGGCAUGAAGAUCGAAUCUUCAACUCUCCAGGAGUUACACAGUAUAGUCACCCAAAGCCUUGAACAAUUGUGCAAAAGAAUCGAGAAACUUGCCGGGAAGGAUUCCGGAUAUAGCGGUGUGAAGCAAAAGUUGCAACGUCUGAGUAAUAUAAUUAAAGACAAACUCUAUGGAGAGGAAAAACAUUCCCUGACGGGAAUACAGACGCGUCUUAAUAAGAUCCUGACUGGCAGCGGGGAUAACACUCUACAAACCAUAGUGCAGAAUGCCGGUGAGUUCUAUGACAAAAUAAUAAAAACGGAAGCUGCUAGAGCCAUUAAAGAGAUACAGCAGUGUGUUUCUGACGAAGUUGCGAAAGUGACUGGCGACAUACAAAAAGAAGCAAAAACUGACUACCAUUUUAGAAUCAAUAAAAUGUUCACGGACAUGGAAACUAGAGUGCAUUUUGCAAUUACCAGCAUUAAGCGUACCAUACACGAGGAUUCACAUGGCGGUGUGAAAGGCUUAUUGAAAACUAUGAAGCACCAUAUUGACCCACUCAAGGAGAUAACUCCCGGUGCAACACACCCCGCCAAUUUCCAAUCCCUCUCCGCCAAAUCCCUCGCCUACCUGAAACACAUCCACACUUACGUCUCCGCCGACCUCCCCAAACACCUCCCCAACUCCCAAUACCCCUCCCAACUCUCCACCAUCCACUCCAAUCUCUCCCAACUCCUCUCCCACCUGCGCGAGCAAAAACACUUCGACCACCAGGUCCCCGGAAUGCUCCAAAAACUCAAGGCAUCCGUCCAAGCACUCCACUCCACAAACUUCGGCACCCCCGCGUAUCCCGUGCUCGACGCUUUCCCCAAGAGCCUGGAGCGCUUCGUCGAGCAGCUGGAGAAGGGGUAUGUGAACAGGUAUGAGGGGCUCACUGUGGAUUGGACGAAGAGAAUAAAUGGGAAAGACACUCCGUCCGAAGACUCUGAGCGAUGCGCUAAAAUUUUUGUCAGCGUGUUUCCCAUACUGUCGACCAAUUUAAGUAAGCUCAGGCGCAUGUGUGAUGCUGCCUGCAAAACUGAUCGGAUUAAUCACUACACGGAGCUUGGAACAUUCUUCGCCGACGGAGGUUACAAGGUAUCCGACAAGGACAAGCAAAACGGCGAGUUGCAGGACAAAGAAGGCAUGAGGGGAUCGGAAAUUAAUGGCCGCCUUGUAGGUACGUCUGAUAAUGUUUACUACCCCGACGAAAAUGGUAAACGUGCGCUUGAAAUUAUAUACGAGUGUCUCCCUGCCUACUUUCAAGUAGGCCACAUCUCCACAUUCUCCGCUAAUAAGCUACCAUGCUCAGUCUACGAAAUGCUCGCAUGGUGCUCCGGUUUCCAGUUUAGUCCCGUAUUUGAGAAAUUUGAGCAGCACAUUAAUUCCGAGUUCACGGUAGCCGAUAAAACUAAUCCGUCCAUUAAAACUAUCAAGCCAAUUGAAGCGUCGCCGUCAAAUGUCACUAAUGCCGACACAGUUAAAGCCUUGACAGAGAUGUGUGAGAAGGCGUAUCCCGUGCUCACUUCCAUACUGGGCAAUGGGCACGCCAAUGGUGUCUACGCCGUUGAGUUCUCCAACAAUUCACUGAGAUUGUACUACCCCAGUUCCAUGGUACAGUUGCUGUGUUUGUUGUAUGAGAUUGCCAAACGGCUGCACCAACAGCUCCAAUUCCUAUAUCAGCAAUGCAGAUAUGACUCCGACCAAAGCGGUUGGAGAGACUGUUGGUACGGUAACCAAAUUGGUGGUUCGUCAUUCCAGUGUAACUCUAUCCGAUGCGCUAACCAAGAGUGCAAGCUAGGUGUCAACCAAGGUGCUACCCAAAAGGGUUACCAAACAGCUGACCAAACAGCUGACCAACGCUGCGACCAACACCCUAACUGCGGCAUUAAAUCGCCACUUCAGUCUUUCCUAGAAGACGGCCUCGUAGGUUACUUGCCGCAUAAUGUGUCAUUUAGAGGGACAAGCUUUUCAUGUUCCUCCUGUCCUAGGUCGUCUAGUACGCCAUGUAAGACGCCUAUGGGAUUCAGUGAAAUCGCCGUUACCGCGUCUCACAGGAAAACAGGGAAGUAUAUUUACGAUGUGCUUCAUGAUUUCUGCAGCCGAUCUAGUAAGCCACUCAGCAUGUUAUGUCGGUAUUUGCAGUGUCUCCUCCAUCGCACCCCGCAGUCACUUGAUGACAUGUGGGCAUUCUACUAUAAUUUCCUUAAUGAAUGGCACGGCAAAGGCAGACGUGACGAAGUAGGCUUGAGACAUAAGAGAGAUGCAUUAAUGAAUGCCGUCAACGAAGCGAAUUUCAAACGUGACCAUGACGGCCUAAAUGUUAAUUCCUUAUUUUACAGCACUCACUCACGAAAAUCUGGAAUACAUUCUACCGGUGAUCUCGUCAGCUUGGUUUGCACUUCUGGCUACAAUGGAAAAUGCGGUCCGUAUUUGCAGUCCCUCAAUAACGACAUCGCUGGCAUAUAUUCCAAGAAGUAUGCUGGCAGAUAUUUAUCAUGGAUCGUUUACCUCACCGAAACAUUCUACAGCUUACUCCAAAGUCUCUACGAGGAGUGCAAUAAAACAUGUGGCGGUGAUAAGGCAAGAUGCCGUAUUGCAAAAUGUCCACAAUCAUGUACAGUUACCGAGAAAUCACCAAACUCAUAUCACCAGUCCAGUUGCAGUUCAAUUAUAAAGUGCAGGAAUGCGUCAUCGGUAUUAUGCAGAUAUGGAUUCAUAUUCUCGGAUCGGAGGACGCUGAGUGGUAUGGAGCACACGGAACAGAGGAGGACGUGCAAUGAUUUUUGCAGCGUGCUGAAGAAAGUGCUAGAUGAGAAGUCUGUUCUUGUCAAACUCUUCAGCACUAUAGAUGAAUUCAUGAAGGAGAUCAGAUUCCCAUUCAUGUCUUUAUUGUUAGCCCUCUGGUCGCUGUCGCUCCUGUACCUGCUGCACAUCGCCGUCGUCCGCCUGGACGUCCUGAGGAUACGCUCCCACCUGAGAUCACCCGCAAGCCACCGCAUCGCCGCGCAGUCGCUACUCGCCGCCGCACGCAUCAGGGCACUCGCCAACGUCAAGUACUUCUCACCAUAA